AUGAAAGGUCAUAUAAUCCCUUUUAGACAACCUUACUCUCUCUUUGACUUACUUUUUCGCCCUAAACGCGAAUUCAAAGCAGAAUGGCAACUCGAUUAUCAUGGGUUUAUGACUCGUGAAGAAUUCGACAUUCGACUUGAAGAUAUCAAUAGACACAUACGCCACCUCCCACUAAUGACCGAGGUGGUAAGAAAAAUUUUGUCGUACGUUGUGCUCGUAUGUGCACUAGGACUGACGAUUUAUAUGCUUAGAAUUGGUCCAGGUGCUGGAGCAUUAUUUGGGUUAUUCUUUUUUUUUGUUAGUUACUUUGGUGGAUUAUAUUUGGUCGAUCAUCUUGCGGAACAACGCGCUGCACAAUUUACCUCUGCAUUGAAAACUCUAUUCGUCACAUACAACAAUGUUGACAACCCAACCGCCAACUGGAGUGUCCUAUGGGUAACUGCAGUAACCGGAUGGAAGACAAAGACGACAUCAAAUGGAUAUGGAGGAUCAACCAGCAGAACCAAACCCAAAUUUGCCGAAUAUGUCAUGAUAGUGCUUGAUAUCAACGACGCUCUCUCUGACCUUACAUCUAAUACCGUUAAUGUGAAAUUCACUAAUACAUUCCCCAACAAUGUGAAUGGAGCCAUUACAAUGGCAAAUAAUAUUCAUGAAAAACAACAACAACAAUUUGCUGGGAGUAGUAUAAAUAUGAUGGUAUAA